GACAGCGACAAGUGUUCGUAAUUUCUCGAACUUUCCCCUGCUUUCUCAAACCAUCAUAGACUGAAGACUUUCACAAAUAUACACCGCCAUUGCAUCGUUAUCCUCAUUGCCUCUACUCCUAAUUUGUUCUUGCAAAAUCAACCAAAAAGCUCUCGGGGAGCAGAUGGGUGUUGAUUACUAUCGAAUUUUGCAGGUCGAUAAAAAUGCUACGGACGAUGAUUUGAAGAAGGCCUAUAGAAAACUUGCCAUGAAAUGGCAUCCCGAUAAGAACCCUAACAACAAGAGAGAAGCUGAGGCCAAAUUUAAGCAAAUUUCUGAAGCUUAUGAGGUUCUGAGUGACCCCCAGAAAAGGGCAAUCUAUGAUCAGUACGGUGAAGAUGGCCUAAAGGGUCAGGUGCCACCUCCGGACGCUGGAGGUCCAGGCGGAGCCACCUUCUUCUCCACCGGAGAUGGACCAACAACGUUUCGGUUCAAUCCCCGAAACGCAAACGAUAUUUUCUCUGAAUUCUUCGGAUUUUCAAGCCCAUUUGGCGGCAUGGGUGGAAGAGGACAAAGAUUCUCAUCAAGUUUAUUCGGUGAUGAUGUUUUCGCAUCCUUCGGCAGUAGCGACUUCGACGGCGGAGGCGGUGGCGGUGGCAUAAGCGGUUCCAUGUCCCGACACGCUUCUCGUAAAGCGCCCCCAAUCGAAAGACAACUACCAUGUAGCCUCGAGGAGUUAUACAAAGGAACAACUAAGAAGAUGAAAAUUUCUAGGCAAGUUAUCGACGUUCGUGGGAAAGGAACGAAAACAGAGGAGAUCUUGACGAUCAACAUAAAGCCCGGAUGGAAAAAGGGAACAAAGAUCACAUUCCCAGAGAAGGGAAACGAGGAGCCUGACAUUAUACCAUCAGAUCUUGUUUUUUUGAUUGAUGAGAAGCCUCACAGCGUGUUCACUCGCGAUGGGAACGAUUUAAUUGCCACUCAAAAGAUAUCUCUGGCGGAAGCGUUGACAGGGUACACUGUCCAUCUUACAACGUUGGACGGCCGACAUCUGAGUUUCCCGAUCACUAAUGUAAUCACUCCAAAUUACGAGGAAGUGAUACCCUCAGAAGGAAUGCCCCUUCAAAAAGACCCCACCAAGAAAGGGAAUUUGAGAAUCAAUUUCGAUAUCAAAUUUCCCACCAGACUCACCGCCGAGCAGAAGGCUGGCAUUAGGAAGCUCUUGGGCUAGGCUUGAGCUAAUGAGGGGUUUUUCGUGAAAAUUGGAUCUUUUUUAUUUUAGUAGUGUUGGUUUCUUAUUAGUACUCGGGUGUUAUUAUUACACGGGUGAGUGAGUGAGAGGGUGAGAAAUACACUUUUAAACAUUUUCGUUAUAGUAAUUAUGAUGAGGAUGUAGAGGAAUUUGUUCUCUCCAAAUACGUAAAUUUCUGUUUGUUUGUUUAA